AUGAUGAUCCUGUCUGAAAUUCGUCUUCCUCCGGAAAAAUUCACCAGAGUAUGUACUAAACUCCACUUUUUGAAUUUGCAUUAUCUUCCACCCGUUGGGCUCUCGGGGGGUCUUGCCAUGUGUUGGAUGAAGGGAGUUAAGUGCAGUGUUCAAGCAUCCUCCAAAUACUUAAUAAUGGGCAAAAUUACCUCUGACCCCCCAGGGAUACCGUGGAUGCUAUUGGGUACCUACGAGCCUCCCAACAGAUUGGAUGAAGAGCAAUUUUGGGUAAAUGUGGGUGACAUUGUUCUGAAGUCCCAGAAUCCUAUGCUUAUGCUAGGGGACAUGAAUGGAACUCUAAAUGAUAAGGAAUGCUUCAACUAUAAUGGUAAUGUCUCCCAAUACGCAUUUGACUUUCGAAGAAUGGUUCAUAGAGCUGGUUUGAUCGACUUAGGAUUUCUGGGUCCUAGUUUCACGUGGGCGAAAGGGGGAAGAAGCUCAAGUGGAGGAGGGGCCAUGAAAAGAGCCAGGCUUGACCGUGGUCUUGCAUCAACUGACUGGAGAAUUAUAUUCCUCAAUGCAAUCGUCAACCACCAGGCGGCUACGGAAUCCGACCAUAGACCACUGCUUCUUGACACUGUGGGAGGGGUCAAAUGCAAGGGCCGACAAUUUAAAUAUGAAAACAUGUGGGCAAGAGAUCCCCGAUCCUUCUGGGGGUAA